GAAAGUUAGGCAAGUAGCUCUCAAACCCACAUGAAGAAAUAACACUGACUGAAAACACCGUACAGAGAAAACAGAAGCAGCUGCUGAAAACGACAAACACAGAAAGAGAAGUAGUAACAUUUCAUUUUCCCACUUCCAAAUUAACUGGCAACCCUCUGAGAAAUUGAUGGUUGCAACACAAACCAGAAAAACCAGACUCUGAUCACCAUUCCCUAUCUGAAAGACUAGGCACAGAGAGCAGUCAAGCUGCGAUACAUGGUAAUGCUGGACGAGCAAAAGGAACACGAAGAUAGGAGCUGCAACAUUAGUAAGUUUCACAACAAUUAAUUCCGUACUGCAAUUAUGGAUGAAGACUCGGGGCGUAUUGAAGAUGUGUCAAAAAACUAUGGGAGCAACUUUCUCAUCGUGGUACAAGAUGGUGCACCUGGAAAAGUUUUCAGGAGGGUAAAUGCAACAAUUCACACUUUUUUUUAAUUAGUGAAUUGAAUAUAGAAUUAAAAUAUGUUAAACUUAAGUUCACUUUACAGAAAACAUUGUCACACGGACAAAAACACAUUUUUUUUUUACUUUAUUUUUCACCAAAUCAUAAACAAAUGAUCAUGCAUGUAGAUAGCAGUAAUCACAAAAAGCUUCAUGAUUAUUCUCGUGUUGGUUAUUUAUGCUCUAGUGUGAUCAAUUUCUGACAGUAAUAAAAAAAAAUAAAAAGGAAAUACUUCUUUUAAUGCUACACCAUAGUUGUGUUUGACAGUUUUCUAGUCUGUCUUGUUUGGACUUGUUUUGCUUCAGGGCCUUGCUAUCCUUCCCCUUCAUGUUGCUGCCUCUAACAGAAGAGUAAAGAGCAUGCAGAGCCUGUUGUCAGCAGGAACAGACCCUGAAAUGAGGGACCAGCUCGGUCGAACCACACUACACUUGGUGAUAGCCAGUUGGCCCAGUAUCCUGACUACUUGGCCAAAACCAGGUUCCAAGUUCCAGACUGCUGUGAUCGCCGUGCACAGGAAGGCAGAGGCCUGUCUACAGCUCCUCUGUGAGCAUGGUGUUAACAUCAAUGCGCAGGUGGAGGGAGAGAGUCAUCAGACAGCUCUCCACCUAUCAGUACGCUACGCUGCUGUGUCUGCUGUCCAAAUUCUUGCCAGCUAUGGUGCCGAUGUUAAUGCCAUGGACAGCAGUGGGAUGACGCCCCUGCAUAUGGCCGCUGGAAUCCUCCACAAGGAUAUUAUAGCGAACUUGAUCAGGCAGGGAGCAGAUAUCAAUAUGGGGGUGAAGCACACUGGAAACACUCCUCUGCAUCUAGCUGUUGUGGCAAUGGCUAUGAAGACCUCUCAAACCCUGGAAGACGACAUUAGCUGCAUCUCUGGGCUGCUGGAGCAUGGGGCUGAGCCCAAUGCAGAGAACAAGGCGGGAAUUACACCUUUACAGGAGGCGUGCAGCAUGGGCAACGAGGAGCUGGUGGACCUGCUGCUCAAGUACGGAGCUAACAUCAAUUACUUGAGUCGAGCGGGGGAGAACUGUCUGUUUCUGUUCCUGAACCACAGGCCUAAUUUAAAGAAAAGCUCCCUGCUCGUAAAACUCCUCAGCCUGACCUCCCCGCUCACCGUCUUCAACCAAAACGGCAACCUGCCCUCAACUUUGACAUUACCAUGUUUCUUCAAGCAGAAAGACCGUUUACUAAAACUCAUUCAGCAGCCAAGAAGGCUUCAGGAUAUUUGCAAGAGUGAUAUUUAUCUGAAACACAUCCGAGGCAAGAAAGGGGAAUUGAAAAAAAUCCUGCCUGAGAGGCUAUAUGACUUUGUCUUCAACUGCUGGGAGAGCAUACACAUCUCCUUUGUGAAUGAUGAUGAACAUGACUCCUUUAUUAACGUACUUGAGAUUACUCCUAGUUGACACCUUUGUGUCAGUGACCGAAAGCAACAGAUACACCUUAAAUCUAAAAACUACGAACAUACAAACCGUACCUUCAGGUCUCUGUGCAUUAUUCCCCUGGAGUGAAUGUACUCCACCCCUUCAAGUAUGUUCCUCAACAGGCUGACAGUGUGUUCAGUAUCAACACAUCCAUAAGGACCUGAAAAUACAAAAGGGCAACGUUUCAUUAAUUUAUAAAAUUGUAUUUUAUAUCUUAGAACACAUUUGAAAUAAAUCAUCACCAUUAAUAAAUUAAAUGCCAUUAGCAGUCAUUUGUAAAUGGGGAGAAACUGAUAAACAAUCUAAAAUUGUGUGCUUUUAGUAAAUGAAAUCUGCAGAGUAAUUGCAUAAUGUGUUAAACAAUUACAUCUU